UGUCUGCGCCCAUGAAAACGAAAUCCGGUGAUAAAAAAUCUCCAAAAUGCUCAUUUUUCAUCAAAAGGAAAAGCAGGACGUGUAAAUUUCAAGCAUCGAAAGAUUCAGAAUACUGUACUGAACACCUUGCCCUUAACGAGGAUGUCACUGCAGGUGAUGUUAGAAAAAGGAUUCCUUGUCCUCGAGAUCCAAAGCAUUCUGUUUUUGAAAGCAAGCUGAAGCAACAUCUGAGAAAAUGCAAUGUGGUCAAAUUACAGCGAAGUCUUGAAGCUGAGGAAGGCUAUGCAAAGAAUAUAAAUUCUCCUGAUCCAUAUGAAGAGGAUGACAAAGCAGUGUCUCAGGUCACCCUGAGGUCUGUACCAACAGCGGAGGUAUUGUCUCUGAUUGAAAGAGUUGGGGCAUUAUACAACGAGUACAAAGUGGAAAUCAGAGAAGAUAUCCUGUCCCAUGAUGCACUGAAAGAAGAAAUGGCAACACCUGGAUUUGGACCGGCUGCUCUAAAGCAUCUGAAACAACUGGCCUCCCUCCUGGGGCAGAUGGACAACAUGCUGAUGCUUCAUGGAAACACAUGUUAUGUAGAAUUUGGGGCUGGAAAAGGCCAGUUGUCUUACUGGGUCCAACAAGCACUUAGUAAGGAAAAAGAUCCAGAUUUCUUGCUGAUAGACAGAGCAGGCAACCGACACAAGUUAGAUGGCCAGCAUCGGGAUGAUGGUGGUUGUGUGAACUCCCACAGACUCAAAAUGGAUAUAGAACACCUAGACUUGGGGAGAGUGCCUUGUAUAAAGAACCAAGAGAAGCCAAUAGUUGGAAUGAGUAAACACCUAUGCGGAGCUGCAACAGAUUUGUGCUUGAGGUGUGUUGUCAACACUCUGCAACUGCCUUCCUCUCAGGAUACAAGUCCUGCGGCUGCUGAAGGAAAAGAACCAAAGCUGCCACGCCUUGAAGCCAAGACUGGCAAUAGAAGCCGUUUACAAGGUCUCAUCAUUGCCUUGUGUUGUCAUCACAAGGGCAACUGGCAUCAUUACUGUGGUAAAGAGUUCUUCAAGAAGUGUGGGUUGACAGCUAGAGAUUACCACAUUAUACAAUCUUUAGGGAGCUGGGCGGUGUGUGGUGUGAGAAAAGUUCCAGAAACUGAUCAUGAGAGGGCCCAAGAAGAACAGGCAGAGCUUGAGGAUGACAAGGAUGAAAGACAACAACCAAGAUUUGAUCAGUUCAGCCAUGAAGAGCGCGAAGAGAUUGGCCGUCAGUGUAAACGAUUGAUUGACAUCGGGCGGAUAAAGUACUUGGAAUCAGUGGGUUAUAGAGUUGUACUGAAGAAAUAUGUUAGUGAGGAGGUGACUUUGGAGAACGUUGUGAUGAUAGUUGUACCUGAAGAUAUCAAGGACUCAUGACAUCACCAGAUAUCAACCUGUUUAUAGAAGCAUAGACUUUUCAAGCUUUCAAAUGAGUCGCUCGAGUGGUCAUUGAUCACAAGGAUAUUUUGUGCCUGAGGACAACUACAUGACAAAUUAUGUAGGUUGACAAUGUUGAGUUUAUUGAUACCAAUUUUUCAUUCUUGUCAAGCGGUCACCUAUGACAUGAUGUUAUCAUACUAAACAAAAUGAAAUAAUAAUUU